AGAUUAUUACCGCAACAAGUAAGUGACUGAUUUAACUAUGUGGAUUGACAGAGCCUGCUUGUGUACUGACUUGUGUUAUAAACAGAUACAAACAGCUCAAGGACGAAGGGACGAGCCACUUCUGUGUAGUGGAUAAAGAUAGAAACGUUGUGUCGAUGACAACAACUGUGAAUCACGCGUUCGGGUCAGGGUUUAUGUCGACUUCUACCGGUAUUAUACUCAACAACCAAAUGGCUGAUUUCUCGGUAACAUCCGAGGAAUCUGCACCGCCCGCGAAUUACAUCGAGGCAAACAAGAGGCCUUUGUCUUCCAUGAUGCCUCUAAUCAUCACAAAGGACGAUGAGCUAGUCGGAGUUAUUGGAGCGAGCGGCGGAAUCUAUAUAAUUCCGGCGGUAAUCCAAGUGUUUCUCAAUCACUUUGUCUUGAAUAUGAGUCCUCUAGAGGCUGUGAAGAGUCCAAGAGUGUAUCACAAGUUGGAACCAAACGAAGUGUUAUAUGAAGACUGGACAGUGUACAAUAAAGAUCACAUUUUGCUUAAAAAGGAGACUCAGGACUUCUUGAAGACAAAAUAUCAUAAACUGGUGUCUACAACAAUGGGAGCCACUGUUCAAUUUGUUGUUCAAGACAGACAAGUUUUGACAGCAGUUAGUGAUCUCCGGAAAGAUGGGAAGCCAGCUGCUGCUGAUGCUGCUCCAACUCUUGCUCCUGCUCCUGCUCCUUCUCCUAUCUUUUGAAUUUAUCAGCCACCAUAAUUUCUGCUUCAUUUCCCUUUUAAAUAUUUUUAAUCUAUUUUAAUAUAGUUAAAACUUCUUUAAAUAGUUGAUUAUGUCUUUCUAUAAAAAUCUGUUAGAGCAUCUUCAUUGAGAAUUGCUCAAUGUGCCUUUCAAGAAUAAACAACUUUAAGUAUUAAAAAAACUCUUGUGAGAGUGUGUGACAUGAUUUUUUCAUAUGAGAAACUUUUAAAAAGUUAAGUGAUUCUUUGGGCACUUGCUUAAAUUUCAUUGGUUUAUAUAAUUUUUUUAUUUUUCAAUUUAAUUAUUUAAUUAAACAACUUAAAAAUAUUGUUAUUAUAUUGAUAGAAUAUAAUAGUUAUUGAAUAUCUACUUGGGGUAUGCCUUUAGAAUUUCAAGAAGCACCGCUUUUGAUGGGUCCUUUCUUAAUUUCUUAAUAAAUUUGAAUAUUUUUUUUUUUAGUUUCUUUCAUUUU